AUGGCUCUGUACGUGUUGUACGAGUCGGCGUCCGGAUAUGGUUUGUUUUCUGCACACGGGCUCGAUCAAGUCGGCCAGAACUCAGAAGCCGUCCGGAACUCCGUUUCGGACCUGAAUCGGUUCGGGAAGGUGGUGAAGCUGGCGGCUUUUAGUCCCUAUGAGUCUGCUCUGGAUGCUCUCAACCAGUGCAAUGCUGUCUCCGAAGGUCAAAUGACUGACGAGCUGAAGAACUUCUUGGAGCUCAAUUUACCGAAGGUUAAAGAACGUAAGAAGGCGCAGUUCAGUUUGGGAGUGGCAGAGCCGAAGCUUGGGUCACAUAUUUUCGAAGUUACUAAGAUACCCUGCCAAAGCAAUGAAUUUGUUCUCGAGCUACUUCGAGGUGUUCGAUUGCAUUUCAGUCGUUUCAUCGAAAACUUAAAGCCUGGCGAUUUGGAGAAAGCACAGCUUGGUCUGGGCCACAGCUACAGCAGAGCGAAGGUGAAAUUUAAUGUGAACCGUGUGGAUAACAUGGUUAUUCAGGCUAUCUUUCUUCUGGACACCCUUGAUAAGGAUAUAAAUUCCUUUUCCAUGAGAGUAAGGGAAUGGUACUCUUGGCACUUUCCUGAAUUGGUGAAGAUUGUCAACGACAACUAUCUUUAUGCCAAAGUUGCAAAGUAUGUGGAAGACAAGUCACAGUUGUCUGAAGACCAUUUGUCUGGCCUGACGGACAUAGUUGGAGAUGAAGAUAAAGCAAAGGAGAUCAUAGAGGCUGCCAAAGCAUCCAUGGGACAGGAUUUGUCACCUGUAGACCUGAUUAAUGUCAAGCAAUUUGCUCAGAGGGUGAUGGACCUUGCUGAGUACAGGAAAAAGCUCUAUGAUUAUCUGGUUGCCAAGAUGAAUGACAUUGCACCUAAUUUGGCUGCAUUGAUUGGUGAAGUUGUUGGUGCUCGUCUGAUUUCUCAUGCUGGCAGUCUUACAAACCUGGCAAAGUGCCCGUCAUCAACUCUUCAGAUUCUUGGUGCUGAGAAGGCUCUUUUUAGGGCAUUGAAAACCCGAGGGAACACUCCAAAGUAUGGUCUUAUAUUCCACUCUUCCUUCAUUGGACGCGCGUCUGCUCGGAAUAAAGGCCGGAUGGCUCGUUAUCUUGCCAACAAGUGUUCGAUUGCUUCGCGUAUUGAUUGUUUUCUCGACAAAAAUACAACCACUUUUGGGGAAAAGCUCCGUGAACAAGUCGAAGAGCGACUGGACUUUUACGAUAAAGGUGUUGCCCCUCGUAAAAAUCUCGAUGUGAUGAAAUCUGCAAUUGAAACAGUUGAUAACAAAGAUGCUGAGGCUACUGCUGACGUGAAUGGAAAUGCGAAAGAUGAAGCAAAGUCUGAAAAGAAAAAGAAAAGGAAGGAAAAGAGAAAAUUAGAGGAAGAAGUCAAGGAAAAGAGUGACGUCAAUGACGUGAAUGGAUCCAAUGCAGGAGAAGAAGAUGGUACAGCGAAAAAGAAGAAAAAGAAGAAGAGCAAGGAUGAAAUCAUGAAAGAUGUUCCAGAUGCCACAGAUGGAAAGAAGAAAAAGAAGAAAAAGAAGUCCCGCAAUGAAGAUGACGACUAA